GAACAUGCUUGCCAAUUCAGCCAGUGUGCGGAUUCUCAUCAAGGGAGGCAAGGUUGUGAAUGAUGACUGCACCCACGAGGCUGACGUCUACAUUGAGAACGGCAUCAUCCAGCAGGUGGGCCGUGAGCUCAUGAUCCCCGGAGGGGCCAAGGUGAUUGAUGCCACUGGGAAACUGGUGAUCCCUGGAGGCAUCGACACCAGCACCCACUUCCACCAGACCUUCAUGAACGCCACAUGCGUGGACGACUUCUACCACGGGACCAAGGCAGCACUAGUUGGAGGUACCACCAUGAUCAUCGGCCAUGUCCUGCCUGACAAGGAGACCUCCCUUGUGGAUGCCUACGAGAAGUGCCGGGGUCUGGCUGACCCCAAGGUCUGCUGUGACUACGCCCUCCAUGUGGGGAUCCCCUGGUGGGCACCCAAGGUGAAAGCAGAAAUGGAGACCCUGGUGAGGGAGAAGGGUGUCAACUCGUUCCAGAUGUUCAUGACCUACAAGGACUUGUAUAUGCUUCGGGACAGCGAACUGUACCAAGUGUUUCACGCUUGCAAGGAUAUUGGGGCGAUCGCCCGGGUCCAUGCUGAAAAUGGGGAGCUCGUGGCCGAGGGUGCAAAGGAGGCGCUAGAUUUGGGUAUCACAGGCCCAGAAGGAAUUGAGAUCAGCCGUCCAGAGGAGCUGGAAGCAGAAGCCACUCACCGAGUUAUCACCAUUGCAAACAGAACUCACUGUCCCAUCUACCUGGUCAACGUGUCCAGCAUCUCGGCCGGUGACGUUAUUGCAGCUGCUAAGAUGCAAGGGAAGGUCGUGCUGGCCGAGACCACCACUGCGCAUGCCACACUGACGGGCUUACACUACUACCACCAGGACUGGUCCCACGCAGCCGCCUACGUCACAGUGCCUCCCCUGAGACUGGACACCAACACGUCAACCUACCUCAUGAGCCUGCUGGCCAAUGAUACUCUGAACAUUGUGGCGUCAGAUCACCGGCCUUUCACCACGAAGCAGAAAGCUAUGGGCAAGGAGGACUUCACCAAGAUCCCACACGGCGUGAGCGGCGUGCAGGACCGCAUGAGCGUCAUCUGGGAGAGAGGAGUGGUUGGAGGAAAGAUGGAUGAGAACCGUUUUGUGGCUGUUACCAGUUCCAAUGCAGCGAAGAUUCUCAACCUGUAUCCCCGCAAGGGCCGCAUCAUCCCUGGAGCCGAUGCCGACGUGGUGGUGUGGGACCCAGAAGCUACAAAGACCAUCUCAGCCAGCACCCAGGUGCAAGGAGGAGACUUCAACCUGUACGAGAACAUGCGCUGCCAUGGUGUCCCACUGGUCACCAUCAGCCGGGGGCGGGUCGUGUAUGAGAACGGCGUCUUCAUGUGCGCUGAGGGCACCGGCAAGUUCUGCCCCUUGAGGUCCUUCCCAGACACUGUCUACAAGAAGCUGGUCCAGAGAGAAAAGACCUUAAAGGUGAAGGGAGUGGACCGCACUCCCUACCUGGGGGAUGUAGCUGUUGUUGUGCAUCCUGGGAAAAAAGAGAUGGGAACGCCACUCGCAGACACUCCUACCCGGCCUGUUACCCGGCACGGAGGCAUGAGGGACCUUCAUGAAUCCAGCUUCAGCCUCUCUGGUUCUCAGAUCGAUGACCAUGUUCCAAAGCGAGCCUCAGCUCGGAUCCUCGCUCCCCCCGGAGGCAGGUCAAGUGGCAUUUGGUAAAGGCACUGACCAGCCCCCCAAGUGAAGAUGCACCACUGCCACCAGCCCACACGCCCUCCGGCCACAGCUGCAGGGGGCGGGAGAGGCCGGGCUGGGCAGCGCACCACCUGAGGGGGCCCCGGGACACGGGGAGCCCUCCCCAUAUCUGACACGUGAUUCACUGUGCUUCGAGCCGACCCUAACAGGCACUUUGAGAUGUGUUCCUCCUGCUGCAGUCCUU